GGCACGGGUUAAAAUAAUAUUUUUUUAUGUUUUAAAAUGCUAUGCCUAAAUCCUGCGCGGGGUAAGAGCAUGGACAGGAGCGGAGCAGGGCGGGCUGCGCUGAUCUCGUUAAAAUACUACUAAUCCCAGGAUUCUCGGAGGUGGCCCGUGAUUUCCGCGGUCGGUGUUGCCGGGGGGAAGCGUGCGCCGGGACUGGAGUUGGGAAUGACGGGAGCCGAAGCUGCUGGACUCCACACCACAUUCCUCCACCACCACCACCAUAACAACACCACCAGCGGCGGGGCGUAACACACAAGGCUUCGGGCAGACGGAGCGAGUUGGUGGACAGGGCGCAGAAACGGGCAGUUUAAUAAUAAUCCACUGUUUGGAUCAGUCUGUGUGUGUGUUCGCUGGCUCCAUGCUCUUGCCCCACACCUGCUAGCGAGGCGGCUAAUCCGAGCUGCUCGAGCAGAGCUGAGGAAUGUGACUCUCCCGCUACAGAAACAGAAGCAGCUAACGGUUGUGCUGAUGGAGACACUGAUGAGCGCUGUGGCUCCUCGGCCAGCUGCCCCGGUGAAGCGUGUUGCGGAGGUGGACUUCCGCUCGGGCACCACGCUGGAGCAGCUGGCAGCGCAGGUGCAGGAGCUUGUUCUGCUGGAGCAGGGAGAGUUCGGGGACCAAACUGCACUUGAGGUGCACACUGCCAAAGACUUCAUUUUCAACAUGCUCGGCCUGGUACAGAAGGUGGACAAGAGGCUUCCAGUGGCAAACGAAUAUCUGCUGUUGUCUGGAGGUGCCAGGGAAGGUGUUUUAGACCUGAACCCUGAGGACCUGGGUGACUACGCUCGAGGCGUGGACUUUGACCUGGACUUCACCCUGCUCGUGCCAGCUCUCAAAUUGCAUGACCGCAACCAGCCUGUAACUUUGGACAUGCGCCAGUCGCCGCCAUGCCACUCUUGGCUCAGCCUACGUCUUUGUGACCCCACCAUGCUGGCACGAUGGGGCAUCUGCUGCGAGGACGAGGCUAACGGACAGCGCGAGGAAGACGAUGAUGUGGAGGAAGAAGGUGGCUCUAUACUGGGGUCGAUUCCAUCCCUGCAGUCUCCCCAGUCUUUGGAUGGAUGCUACUUCUCACCCUUGCUGGUCACUGAUUGGUUCUGGAAUGUGGUUGGGACAGCAGUGGAAGAACUUAGACGGAAUCCUCAGAGAGGUAUUCCGGUGCCAGAUCGCAUUGAAAGAAACGGACCUUUGACCACUCUAAUCCUCAAAGCAGGUACCAGCCGUGUGCUCUACGACCUUCUGCCCGUUGUGUCAUUUCGUGGCUGGCCAGCAGUUGCACAAAGCUGGCUCACCACCAACCACUUCUGGGAUGGAAAGAUCACAGAGGAGGAAGCCAUUAGUGGGUUUUAUCUGCUGCCUUGCUGCUCCCCGGCUGCAGGGUCUGCCUCUAGACCUGACCGAGAGUGGAGGUUGGCCUUUUCCCGGAGUGAGGUCCAGCUGAAGAAAUGUGUGCCCUACCCUAUGGCUGCAGCGUUCCAGGCUGCCAAGGCUGUGCUGUCCAGAUUGCUUGCGCGUCCACGUACAGGCCUUAGCCUUUACCACCUCCGCACACUGCUUUUCUGGGCUUGCGACCGCUUACCUGCAGCCUACCUGAGCUGCCCUGAUCAAGAGACGCCUGCUCGCCUGCUCCUGGGGCUCCUAGAUGACCUAUCCCACUGUGUGUUGGGUAAAAACUGCCCAAACUAUUUCCUCCCUCAAUACAACAUGCUAGAGCACCUUACUGAUGGUGCUGCCCUGCUGGUAGCUCGGAAGCUAGCGCACUUGCGCUCUGAUCCAGCCGAACACUUGCGUGCAGCCUUGGAGCAAGCCAGACAGGCCUGCCAGCUGAAGCGAGAAGCUGCCGGCACAAGUAACGGGCAUGGUGUUUCAUCACCCAGCCGCGGGUCCUCAGCCGCAGGCUCACCCCAAGAUGACCGGCUAGCACAGAGGCUUCAGCAGCUAGUCACAGAAAACCCUGGCAAGUCCAUUUCGGUCUUCCUCAACCCUGAUGAUGUCACGAGACCACACUUCCGCAUUGACGAUAAGUUUUACUAAGACGACGCUGUGGCGGCUUGUGCUGAGAGCCAGCCACAUAGCCAGUGAUAAAGCUAAUGGUUAAAGCUGAGAGCACACGCACACUCAUCCACUGUGCAUUGAACUGUACUGUAUCUAAAUGAAUAGAACCCCAAAAAGCAGGCUGGGCAUAAUCAGUGAUGUUUUUUUUUUUUUUUCUGCCAGCGAUACAAUCUGUAAGCCAGCUCUGCAAAAUAUGAUUAAGCUGCUGCUACAGAGACCAUCUGACCCAAAUCACGUCCUCUGUCAGCUACGGGGCUCUGCUACCAAAAAAAAAUGAAAAGAAAAUAACCAAACGGAGGAAGAGACAAGAGCAGCUGUCAGAGGACUGGAACAAUAUUUAAGUCUUGUAUGCUGUUUGAUGGGUGGCCUUGGCGCUCACUUGCUCAGUGAAAAGAGUCUAUUGCUCAGUGAAACCUUAUUUACUCCUGCAAACAAACUGCUAUGAGUCAUAACAUCUCGCACAAGCUGACUUAUUCUGUAAAACAGUACUGCAGUUGAGAGGUUCUGAAACGUGCUACUUACUACUGAGAUGUGUGUUUUUGUUUGUUUGUUUUGUACUCUUUGAUUAUUCUAUUUGAUUAUUCCUGGAAAGCAAGAGCAUGAGUGAAAAGAUAUGAAAUGAUCUAAAAGCUGGUACAUUUGAUGUAAAUGAAUGUAAUUUUUGCUGUUUGUUUUUGAAAGGUUCUGAAAGUUUAGCACUGGAUAUAAUUCAUUUGAUUUCUAUACUUAAUCUCUCUCUUAUUCGUCUUAUUCUCUUUCUCAGGUACUUUUUUUGUUGCUCAAGUUGUUUUUUACUGCUACAUGAUGAUGGCAUUUCCAGUGUUUAUGGUAUUGCCUGUGUGCCUCCCACUAUUUCAAACAAUUUGUCAGUUGACCCAAAACAUUUUGGUCAAGGGGCUGCUUUUGGUUUAGAAAGCUAUGUGACUUAAUGUCUAGUUAAUGAAGGCUAGGCUGGGAAUUGCACUUGUGUUCAUUCAUAAAGCAUUUCAUAAUGCAACACAAGCACAAACUGCAUUCUAAGAAUUGCUGCAAGGGGUGCUAAAGCGAAAGCCAAGUUGUCUUGUAUCACUGGCAUGCUUUUUCCAGUCAACUAUCAUGAUUGUAACCCUGUCCAUUACCCCUGUCUAUGAUUUGUCCUUGUCGCUCUCCUAAGUGCUGAGUGUUGUACCCACCACAGUAAUGUCGGAAUGGACGUUGAGUUUUGAUAUUUGAUAGUCUACAGAGCCAAAAACCACAUGAAAUCUGGUGGUUUAAAAUGUGACAAGAUGCGUCUCGGUGUGAAUGGUGAAAUCAAAAUUUUUCAGCACUCACAACUUAAACAGCAGUCUCAUCAAAUCCAGAGGGACAGAAGGGUGAAGGUCCAAAAAAAGCACCAAAGGUUGGUUACUGAUGCCAAUUACUUGACUGUAUAGCAGCCCAUGCAGAUCUCUUUUGUUAUAUCCACACACAUAUCCAACCUGGUCACUCAACAGACCUAGUCGUCUCAACAGACCUAAUUUGAGAAACAGAUAUGAUUUGCCUGCAGUCUGAUCACGGCCUUUGUGCAGCAGGGCCGUGCAUUUGUCGAGUGUUGGCCUGGCAUUGCCAUUUGCAAUUUUGUGCAUGCUUUGAGUCUGUUUUGGGCCUUAAAAUGAUGGAGUCUCUUCAGUGCACUGCUCCAACAAGCCAUGCCCUCUGGCUGAACUGUACAUCUGAUUAAGAUCAGCCAUGGGCCUGAAUAUGAAGCACCCAAACCUCAGGUCAGUUUUUUACAGCAGGAUCAGGACCUGCUGCAUUACUGCUGAGAAUCAUGUACAUAUUUAAGUACCUGACACCAUAUAGACGCACUAUAAUGACAAAAAUGCUACAAAGUACGCCCUGUCAUUUCCAUCAAAAAAACAAAGAUGAAGAAAUGGUACAAAGUCGCAAAGUUUCUAAGGAUUCUUCCUGCAGUGCUAACAUAUAUCUCAUAUAUCUGAGUUGCUAAUGUGUAAUAUGAUUGUUUACGAUAUUGAAUAUGUUUCAGACUGAUUUUAGCUGCUUUCAGUUUGGUGCUUGGUUAUAUAAAAGUUAUAUAAAAGAAAUGCAGCAUUUCUCAGACGCUACAUAAUAAAAGCUCGUCCCAAAGUGAAGGGACCUUCAUGUACAGCCAAGAAAGGCUCGAUUUCAAGGCUGCGACUGAUGCAUCUUUUGCAGCCAUCAGUUUCCCAUAGUUUUCUGUGCACAUACAAGAAAAAAAAACACCAACACCGAAAUGGCGUGAGGUAAAUGUGUUUUUUUUUAUAUAGAAUCACAUGAUUGUUUGUCAAGAAAUCAAAAACAAACAGGUGCAACAUAAUUAAUUUUCCUUGCACUGCAGUUGCAGGACUAAGGAUCUUUCUUGUGACAUCACCACACAACCCAAUGUCAUUAGACUGUUCUGUAUGUGUGACCAAUAGUCUGCUGAGAAGAAGUCUUAAUAGGACAGACCUACAGAGAACCUGCCCUACUUUGGCUGCACCCUAGGCUAUGAAAUGCGGCUUAUAUGUGCAAAUAUUGAUUUCAUUCGCUUCCAUGGUUUGGUGUGUGCGGGAGAGAGAGAGUGCAAUACAGCAAUUCCUGUUAAUAUACUUCUGUAUCAAACUGUGCUUCAUAAAGCUUGUUAAAGGCUGGCUUGUUUUGUUGAACUCUGGGAAGGUUUUUGGCCAACUGUUUGUGGUCACUGGAGAGAUUCAAGGAUGGCUGAAGAAAAAAGAGAGAAAGAAAGACAGAAAAACGUGUGUAGAAAGAAAAAGAAACGCAGAACCAAAAUAGUGUCAUAAGAAGCAUCUUCAGAGAAACUGUCUGUGUUGCUUGUGUGUUGGUUCCUAUCUUUCUCCCACAGAUGUGCAAUGGUGAGAUGGAGGGAUGAAUGGAUAGAGGGAGAGAGAGCCAGCAGCGGUCUCCAUUGGCAGAUUAGUCAGAACGGAUGGAGCUCCUGGGAGUGCAGGCAGCUGGUUCUCUCUCUCUCUUUCUCUCUCUCUUAUUCUCCUCCUCUCUCUGGAUCUGUCUGUGUCUACCUCUCUCUGUGUCUAAUUUAUCCUUUUUCUCUCUCUUUCAUCCAUCUCUCCCUCCCUCUCUCCAUCCAAGAAUGAACUCAUUUCCCUGGGUGUGAAUGAGUUCCACGCACUCUAUCUAACCCACAAACAUUCUUUUCCUCUGCAAAUGUAUGCAGUAAGCAGAGCAGUCAGGCUCAGAUAAGGCCUUUAUUUGUGUAAAAGAUGUCGUACUGUAAAAUGGGCUGAGACAGUUCUAUUUUUAUUUUAUUUGUAAUCAUUUUUUUUUCUGAAAUUGCUGUAAGUUAGGCUUGAAAUGUUAAAGGGGUACUACUGAAUAUAAUGAACGUACUGAACAUAAAGAAGGUACAGAUAGUUUGGUCAUGAGCACAUGGUACCAUCAUACACUAGAAACAGACAUCAUAUCUAAUGUCUUGCGGAAAUUAAGCCAAAGUGUGAGUUUAUAUUCAAAGUAGAGGUGGACAAUAUGAUAAAACCAAAUAUUGUAUCACGAUAUUUAAAGACAUUUUUAAGAUGCAUAAUAUUGAAUGUGUUUUUCUUGCUUAGUUAGUACAAAAAGAUAUAUAUUCAAAAUGUGUGUCGCUUCCUCCAGUUCUUUAAGCGCUGAAAGUAUCUUAAAAUAUAUAUCAUUAUAACAACUUGCGACACAAUACAAUACGAUGCAAUAAAAUAUCGUCAUAUUGCCCAUCUCUAAUGCAGCAGCUAGUGUAAGUAGCUCUCGGUUAGUAGAUGCAGAAUGGAAUGGAAUAGAAUGGAUGAAUGCUUUGUUAACGUACGCAUACGCUUGCCACUGGGUACCUUAAGUAGCCUGUUUUAAUGGGCCUGAAUCGUGUAAAAUGUUUUAACCGAUAUUUAUAUAAUCUUUGGAACAGUAAUAUAUAUCUAUAUCUAUAUGUGUGUUCUCUUCAUUGAUUAAGAUCGUUGUACCGCACAAUGCCUAAUAUUAGAUGAACAAUCGUCCUAUGCAAUUUUACCAUUAUCUAUCAAGAGCCUAUCUGUUUCAGUGAGAUAUUAGCCCUCUGCCCUGUUUGAGAUAAUUACCGAGAGCAUUUCAUAUGGAGGAAAAUGAUUUCAGUGGCGAAAAUCAAUGCGUUUCUGCCUCAGGGGAUAACAGGACAUUCUAAUGGCCGCAUUUUUCGAUGUGAUAACUUUAUAAAAACCAAAGCAUAGUCAUUACUCUCCUGACAGUCUGUUGCAGUGUUUUUAAAGCUAAAUUAUCCCCACAUUGCACGGUAGUAAUGCUAUCGCAGGCAGUCAGGCAGGCCCCAGGCCCUUAUUAAAGUGACGGUACAGAGCUGUUUUGUAGUUGUUGUGUAAUUGAAUGAGUAAUGAUAAUGAAUGUAAACAUGUUGUACCUCUGAAGCGAAGCAUAUCUGAAUGAACCCAGAUCUAAAACUACAUGGAAUUGUGCAGUGACCUAAAAAGGACUUUAUAUCCCAUCAUUUUCUCAUGCCAGAUAUUUUUUUCUGGUUGAUUUUGUUUUAUUAUUUAUAUCUCCAAUCAUGUGCGAUGAUGUCGGUCGUGGCAUGAAAUAAAACACUGUCAUUAAAAAAAUGUCUCCCUGUU